CAUCGGAACAUCAUAGUUUUAUGGAUACAUUAGAUUUACUUUAAAAAAAAAAAAAAAAAAAAAAACAGCCAAAGUUUUGUAUAAGUGUGUGUAUUUUGGAAUAAUUCUUAGUUAUGUGCUGUUUUAGAUACGUUCUGAGAGAAAACGCGAUAUAAAAUUGUCCUUAAAAUCUCUUUCACUUUCGAAUUCUGUGUCGUAAGAAGGUGAAAUUGUCCUCGACGCGUUAUCCGUCGUAUUUUGAAGCUUUUUACAGUUACUUUAAUCCCACAGGCUGUACAGUACUUCAGACAUAUAUUCUAAAUAAUGGCUCUCUUUGAGGUGAGUGGGUUCAGGUCUUAUUCUGAGGUCCGAGGCAGACAGACGCAUCUCGCUGAUCGAACCAACCACUACAACUUUGGAACCAAAACGCAGGAGUUUGCAGUACCUGUGGGUGUAGAUCCAUCAGGGUUUCUCAAGACCUGUAACCAUGAUGGAGGUGUGUGUAUUGACAUGAACCAUGGUACGACCACCCUGGCUUUCAAGUUCAGACAUGGGGUCAUUGUGGCUGUGGACUCCAGAGCCUCAGCUGGACGAUACUUAGCAUCCAAUGACGUAAACAAGGUCAUAGAAAUCAACCCCUACCUCCUUGGCACGAUGUCAGGUAGUGCUGCGGACUGUCAGUACUGGGAGAGACUCCUGGCCAAAGAAUGCAGGCUUUACAGGCUGAGGAACAACCACAGGAUCUCUGUGGCCGCUGCCUCCAAACUUCUGUGCAACAUGAUGCUAGGAUACAGAGGCAUGGGCCUGUCUGUGGGAAGCAUGAUCUGUGGAUGGGACAAACAGGGUCCUGGUCUCUACUAUGUGGAUGAUAAUGGAACACGUCUGUCUGGACGUAUGUUCUCUACCGGCUGUGGAAACGGUUAUGCCUAUGGUGUGAUAGACAGCGGUUACAGAGAGGACAUGACCGUCGAGGAGGCGUAUGAACUGGGCCGUCGAGGCAUCGCUCACGCUACACACCGAGACGCCUACUCUGGAGGAGUGGUCAAUAUGUACCACAUGCAAGAGGACGGCUGGAUAAAGGUGUGUAAGGAAGAUGUGUCAGAGCUGAUCCACCGCUACAGAAAAGGAAUGUUCUGAGUUUGACACAAAAAUUCAAACAAACCUCAACACUGAACAUUGUAAUGUGUUUCUUUCUGCAAUUAUAUGACAUAAUAAAUGACUUUUCAAUUCAACAACAUUAAAAACUGUUGUUUUUGGGGUCAAAUACAGGUCAUGAUACAAAGAAUUACUUUCUUUCAAAUGAUGCAUUGCAGUUUCAAGUCAUCAUGGUUAAAAUGUUCAAAAAUAUUUUUGGGAUGUUAUUUUUGACAGUCUGUAAUGAAUUCCUUAGAGUAAGUAAAGAAUAAUUGUAUUACCAGUACAACAGCCAUCUCCAAAUAAAGAUAUUUGUUCAACUGUUGUGCUUUCCUGUAAUAAACCCUUAAAGAAC